AUGGCGGAUGCUAUAAUUUCAGAAGUGGUGGGGAGAAUUGCAACUAUCUUAGAAGAUAAGAUUCGGUAUGAAGUCAAUUUGGUUAGAGGCGUGAAGGAUGAGCUUCAAAAUCUUUCCAAGAAGUUCAACACGAUCCGAGAGGUGUUGGAUGAUGCAGAAAAGAGAGGAGUUAAAGAUCAAAGUGUCAAGAGUUGGUUGAAGAAGCUCAAAGCUACUGCUUAUGAGAUGGAGGAUAUUUUGGAUGAAUGGAACUAUUCUCUUCUCAAAGAUAAGAUGGAAGCUUCGGCUGAGCCUGAGCCUGAGCAAAAGAUAGGGUGCUCCUUCAUCAGAUGUUCUUGUUUAUGUUUCAAGAAAGUUUCUGUUCGUCAUGACAUUGCCAAGAAAAUAGAAAAUGUGAAAGCUAUGCUUGAACAGAUUUACAAGGAGAGAAAUGACUUUAAUUUUGUCAUCUCUCUGCCUACAACUGAUCCUGUGCCGCUGCCUGAGUCUCAAAGAGAACAAUCCACAUCUUCAAUUGACUUCAAUGAUAUCCAUGGGUCUGGCAUAUUUAAGAAAAGGGAUGACAUAGUGAAGAAUAUGGCGCUUAAUGGUGGUAAUACUCAAAUUCUAUCUAUAGUAGGGACAGGGGGGCUUGGGAAGACGACCCUCGCCAAGCUUAUUUUUAACCAUCCCCACUUCGAUAAGAAUUGGUUAAAAAUUUGGGUAUGUGUCUCAAAACCUUUUGUUGUAGCUGUGGUUGCCAAAAAUAUUGUUGAGCUUGUGGGAAAGGAAAAGAUUCCUCCAAAUAACGACCAAAAAGAAUUGGCAUUACAAAAACUAAAAGCAUCAGUUUCAGGAAAAAAGUAUAUUCUAGUCCUUGAUGAUGUUUGGACAGAAGACGAAGACAAAUGGAAGGACCUGAAAAUCAAUCUCGGAUAUGGUGCAGCAGGGAGUAAAAUUUUGGUGACAACGAGAAAUGAAGGAGUGGCAAAGAUGAUGGGUACCUUAGACGAUGAUAUCUAUCACCCAAAAGAGCUUAAUUCUGAAGAGUGUUGGUCAUUAUUGUGUGCCUCAUCUCUUGCAGGAAAAAGCAAGGAGGAAUAUAAAAAAUUUGAAAAUGUGGGCAAGAAAAUAGCUAGCAAGUGUAAGGGAUUGCUGCUGCAGUUAUUUUGGGGAGACUUUUGCGGCUCAAGGAUUUGGAAGAGUGAAAUAUGGCAAUUGAAUAACGAGGAAGUCAAGCUUUUUCCACAUUUGGUUUUGAGCUACAAUGAAUUGUCCCCUGUUCUCAAGCGUUGUAUUUCAUAUUGUGUCGUCUAUCCUAAAGAUCACCGAAUGCAUGCGGGGACUCUUAUAGAAGAGUGGAUGGCACUAGGUUAUAUACGCUCUGAUAGUGGAAAUGGUGCAUUGGAACUCAAAGGGCGAGAGAACUUGAGAAAUUUAGCAAUGCGUAGUUUGUUUCAAGACAUUGAGAAAAGUGAGUUGGGGGAUGAGAUAGAAUGGUGUAAAAUGCAUGAUAUAGUACAUGAUUUUGCUCUAUUUCUUAGGAAGAAAGAUGACAAGGAGAGUAGUUGUCAAGUUUGUGAGUCUUCAUUGAUUUCUCAUGUCCAAGAAUAUCAGAGUCUACCGUUGGAUUACAAACCUCCUGUUGAUGAAAGAGACAGAAUUUGUCAUGUUUGUGGUUGCAUGAAAAGUCUUAGGGUGUUAAGAACGACAAGAAUUUACAGUACUAUUCCACUAGGAAUAGAAACGUUAAUCCACUUGAGAUGGUUGGAUUGUAGUUAUACUGCAUUGUCAAAGGAUGGCCUCGAAGUCGUAUGUAGGCUUUAUUUCUUGCAAACUCUUCUCUUAUCACAUUGCGAGCUAACAGAGAUUCCACAAUAA